UCCUUCCUCUCUGCCGGCCACAGGUGACCAGGAUGCUGCACCAUGGGAAGCACUGGAGGUCCAUGUGCAAGGGGCUCAUCCUGGGGACCCUCCUGACCAGCUUCAUGCUGCUGCUCUACUCCUACGCCAUCCCCCCACUGCAAGUCAGCGUGACAGAGAUCCCCGUCCCCUCCUCCUGCUCCUCCUACCCAGCCCCCGGGAAGGCACCAGUAAUAGCCAACAGCACGGGCAACCCCUCGGGAUGGAGCUGCCUGCCCAAGCUGAAUGUCAUGUUCAUGAAGACACACAAGACAGCCAGCAGCACCAUCCUCAACAUCCUCUUCCGCUUCGGGGAGAAGCACCGUUUGAAAUUCGCCUUCCCCAACGGCCGCAAUGACUUCUAUUACCCCUCCUACUUUGAGAGCAGCCAGGUGCAGCACUACCGGCCGGGCGCGUGCUUCAACAUCAUCUGCAACCACAUGCGCUUCCACUACGAGGAGGUGCGCAAGCUCCUGCCAGCGGACGCCAUCUUUGUGACGGUGCUGCGGGACCCUGCCUACCUCUUCGAGUCCUCUUUCCACUACUUUGGGCGCGUCAUCCCCCUUACCUGGAAGCUGACAGGGGACGACAAGCUGGCAGAGUUCCUCCGGGACCCUUGGCACUACUAUGACACCAAUGGGUUCAAUGCUCACUACCUCCAAAACCUCCUCUUCUUUGACUUGGGCUACGACAACAACAUGGACGCCAACAGCCCACUGGUGGAGGAGCAUAUACAGGAGAUAGAUCGCCGUUUCCACCUCGUCAUGUUGCUUGAAUACUUUGACGAGUCCCUGGUGCUGCUGAAGGACCUGCUGUGCUGGCAGCUGGAGGAUGUCCUCUAUUUCAAGCUCAAUGCCCGGAAAGGCUCCACUGUCUCCCGGCUGACACCUGAGCUCUAUGAGAAAGCCACUUCCUGGAACCUCAUCGAUGCCAAGCUCUACCGCUAUUUUAAUGCCACCUUCUGGCGUAAGGUGGAGGCCUACGGGAGGGAGCGGAUGGCCAAGGACGUGGCUGAGCUGCAGCGGGAGAAUGAGAAGAUGAAGAGCAUCUGCAUCGACGGGGGACACCCUGUGGAUGCCAGUGCCAUCCAAGAGUCCUCCAUGCAACCCUGGCAGCCGCUGGGGGAGAAGUCCAUCCUGGGCUACAACUUGAAGAAGAAGAUCAACAAGAAGCACCAGAAACUGUGCCGCAAAAUGCUGACACCUGAAAUCCAGUACCUGACUGACCUGGGGGUCAACCUCUGGAUCACCAAGCUAUGGAGCCACGUGCGGGACUUCCUGAAGUGGUAGGGGACGGCGGGUGCCCCGCUCUCCCCGGGGAAGAACCAGGUGCUUUUCUUUUUCUUACUCAUGGUGUGUUUCAGUUGGACAUGAGCAGAACUGGCUUGAGGCUCCAGCACCCAGGAAUGGUCAGGGGGCGCCUCCAUCACCUUCCUGUAGAGCCCCAGCUUGGGCAGAAGCCUGGGGGGAGGGGCUGCCAUCACCCACUGGCAAGGAGAGUGGAGCCUCUGCCUCCACCACAGCCUCCAAGGAGUCAAGGCCUGGGGGCUUGGGGAUGUUUUUUUCCAGCAGGAUCCACUCCUUCCUUCCCCGUGGAAAGGCUGGGGAAGGUAUUUGUGAAGGACAUCCCCUCAUCACAUCGGGAGCAGGACACCCACCCCCACAUCACUGGAGGCAAGGGCUCCUCCUGGCCCGGGGUGGGCAGAACUGCCAGCACGGAACCCAAACCUCGAGGGGCUCAUCUAAUCACCCCGUUUCCCUUGAGCCCUGGUUUGGGGGCUGCCUGUCAGAGCCUGCUGCACCACUCCAGUGGGUUCCAGCCCAUGCAUGUGAUGAGCGCAGCACAUUCUCAGCCCACCCACAGCUGUCAGCCCAUGGCAGGCUGUGAUCCAGGGCCACCUGAAGCCAUUUGUAGAAUGGAAAACCCACCCCAGAAGCCCCAGCAUUUAUCAACGGGCUCGUGGUUCCCUCAGGUGAAGGGCAUAUGUGCAGCAGGUUCCCUUCCAGCCCCCCGUCGUCCCGGUUAGAGGGUCCCGUGGCCCCGGUCCCUACAGGGAACAUCCCAGAAGGCCCACGGGGUCUGGUGAGAACUGGCGUGGGGAGAAGGUGGGAAGCAGCAUCCAGCAGCCACUGUCCCAGUGAUGCCAUCCCCCAGGCACGGGGGGGGGAAGGCCGAGGACAAGGUCUGUCCCUCCCCCAUGGUGGGGACAGCCCUUGGGUGUCCCGGCCGGGCUGGAUGACACUGGCAAAGCCACGUCCUGCCGAGAGCGGCCCUGGCUGGCCAUGGAGGUGGCACUCGUGGCUGAGCCCCCCUGGCAGCGAAAGGACCCCCACCAGCCCCCCAGCUCAUGUUCUGCUCCCUUUGUAAAGACCAGAAAUAAAAAAGUAAUUCUACUUUUGUAAGAUAAUUGUAUAUUUGUCAGUUUUUAAUAUAAGGAUGGUCCA